AGUCGUCAACAUAAAACCUAUAAUGAUUUUUCGUUCCCUUUUCGGCUACCGUCAAAAAUUUAACAGUCCCUUACAAUCGAACUUUUUCGUUGUAUUUUCGUUAAUUAGUUUUUUUAUGUGGUCUUUAAGUUUUGUUUUCAAAACCUAUUAUUUUCCCUUGGUUUAUGUAAUAAGUGAUAAUGUAGAAUAUUGCAUAUGCUUUUUCGUUGCGUUUUUUACUAAGGAAGAGUAUAUAUAUUUUUUUUAUAAACGUCAAUCCUCUAUCGAUAAUUUGCCGGGCGCAGAAAAUUUGUUUUCGCGACUUAAUCUUAUUUUAAGAGUUUUUGUAUUUUAUUGUUUUCUUAUGAAAAUUGUAGUUAUUAUAAUAUUGAGGAUUUUCGCCCCUGAAUUGUUUCAAUUAGGUCUAUAUUUGGAUAUUGUAAUGGGACUCUUACAGUCAAUGUCUUGUGACAUGGGCAGGUUCACAAUAAUACUUAUAGUAGGUCUUAUGUACUGUCGAAUGAAAAUAAUUAAAGAUAAUAUGGAAAUGGUAGGCAAUGAUCUUCGCAAUAGAUUCGCAGCGAGAAAGUUUACGCAGAUGUACCAAAGUUUUGUGUGUUCUUUGCAACGCAUUGAUGUGCCUCUGAAAGUUUCGGUAACAGGAAUUAUUAUUGGCUCUGCAAUGCGUAUCACAACACAAUUGUUUAAGGAUCUCAAUAAUAUUAAAGAAAAUGGUAUCGACAAUUUGGAAAUUAAUGCGGUGAUAGUAUAUUUUGUUGACCCGGCCAUGUUCCUGGUAAUAUCUGCUGUGAUCUUAGACAUUACUACUGAAUACUUUUCCGAUUUCAAACUUAAAUGUAUCGAGAAGAAAAUACUGUGUGACAAUGAACGCGAACGAUGUGAAUACGAAUACGUCUUACUUCUUUUGGAAAAUAAACCCUUUCAGUUUAACAUCUUUCGCGCGGUACCUUUGAGCGUGGCUUCUAUAAUCAGCUUUAUUUCUUUCGUUGUUAUUAAUAUUAUUGCUAUUUUGCAAAUAAAAGGGUUUUAUGCUUAGAAGGUUUUUGAAACUGUCCUUUAAAUUUUUUUUUAAUGAUAUAUUUUCAAUAAUUUAAAUAUUUAUGUCAUGAGCACAGCACUGUUUGUUACUAUUGAACUUUCUUGAAACACAAUAAACAAUUUGGAAUUA